GUCGCAAAGCUUCCUCAGAACGCAAUGACACAACUUGUUCCUCGGAAACAUCACCCGUCGACGAGGUCGCCGCGUGAUGUAAUAUGCGGCGUCUUUUCCCCAAACCCCUGCUGCAUUGGAGUUUAUGCCCCGCCAAUCCACCCUCUCCUCUUGAUUCCCUCCGCCACAGUUUGACAGCGGGAGGGGCACGAGCACCCAGGAAAGGGCGCUUAGAGGAAUUAUGCCGGUGACAAGCAGUUCUCACCCACUACGCCAGCAUUUAACUGCAUUCCGCACACACAUCGGUGUCGACGCGAAUUCAUUUUUCUUAUAAAAUGAAAACUGCAACAGAGAACAUUUGCCUGGCAAUGAAAUAUCGCUCGACUGUGUACGUAUUUUAGUUAUGAAGAAAUAUCUCUGGGGGAAAAGCUCGCCGAUAUCCUGAAAGUGGAAUAUUUUUUUCUAAAAACAAAAUAUGGAAAAAUUUGGUUUCGCCGAUUGUUCUCUCUUGCACGACGUAAAGGAGAAGCCAUUCAGGAGGAGACUGGUUUAGGUGGCAAGGCACUGUGCGCAGGUUCACGGUGAACUAGCCUACUUGUCACUGACAGCAAACAGCCCCAGCCGCGUGAGAUGACCUAGCCGCGAUGUCGCAGCUGUACUAUCGCCGCACGGACAACUCGUCGUACCGCGACCGCAUCCCCCUGCGCAUCGUGCGGGCGGAGUCGGAGCUCUCCGCGCAGGAGAAGACCUACCUGAGCGCGGUGGAGAAGGGCGACUACGCCAGCGUCAAGCAGGCCCUGGAGGAGGCCGAGAUCUACUUCAAGAUCAACAUCAACUGCAUCGACCCGCUGGGCCGCACCGCGCUGCUCAUCGCCAUCGAGAACGAGAACCUGGAGAUCGUCGAGCUGCUGCUGGGCUUCAACGUCUACGUGGGCGACGCCCUGCUGCACGCCAUCCGCAAGGAGGUGGUGGGGGCCGUGGAGCUGCUGCUCAACCACAAGAGGCCCAGCGGGGGCAUGCAGGUGCCUCCGAUCCUCCUGGACAAGCAGUUUUCGGACUUCACCCCCGACAUCACGCCCAUCAUCCUGGCGGCGCACACCAACAACUACGAGAUCAUCAAGCUGCUGGUGCAGAAGGGCGUGUCCGUGCCCCAGCCGCACGAGGUGCGCUGCAACUGCAUUGAGUGCGUGUCCAGCUCCGACGUGGACAGCCUCCGCCACUCCCGCUCGCGUCUGAACAUCUACCGGGCGCUGGCCAGCCCCUCCCUCAUCGCCCUGUCCAGCGAGGACCCCUUCCUCACCGCCUUCCAGCUCAGCUGGGAGCUGCAGGAGCUCAGCAAGGUGGAGAACGAGUUCAAGUCCGAGUACGAGGAGCUGUCGCAGCAGUGCAAGCAGUUCGCCAAGGACCUGCUGGACCAGACCCGCAGCUCCCGGGAGCUGGAGAUGAUCCUCAACUUCCGCGACGACGCCAACCCGCUGGAGGAGGAGACCAACAACGACCUGGCCCGCCUCAAGCUGGCCAUCAAGUACCACCAGAAGGAGUUCGUGGCCCAGCCCAACUGUCAGCAGCUGCUGGCGUCUCGCUGGUACGACGAGUUCCCGGGCUGGCGGCGGCGGCACUGGGGCGGGAAGUUCCUCACCUGCGUCUUCAUCGGCCUCCUCUUCCCCCUCUUCUCCCUCUGCUACCUGAUGGCCCCCAAGAGCCGCUACGGCCUCUUCAUCCGCAAGCCCUUCAUCAAGUUCAUCUGCCACACCGCGUCCUACCUCACCUUCCUCUUCCUCCUGCUCCUGGCCUCGCAGCACAUCGUCUCCAACGACCCCAACCGCCAGGGCCCCGCCCCCACCACCGUGGAGUGGAUGAUCCUGCCCUGGGUGCUAGGUUUCAUAUGGACGGAGAUCAAGCAGAUGUGGGACGGGGGGUUCCAGGACUACAUCCACGACUGGUGGAACCUCAUGGACUUUGUGAUGAACUCCCUCUACCUGGCCACCAUCUCCCUGAAGGUGGUCGCGUACGUUAAGUACAGCGGCUGCAAGCCCAGGGACAAGUGGGAGAUGUGGCACCCGACGCUGGUGGCGGAGGCCGUGUUCGCCAUCGCCAACAUCUUCAGCUCGCUGCGGCUGAUCUCCCUCUUCACCGCCAACUCGCACCUGGGGCCGCUGCAGAUCUCGCUGGGCCGCAUGCUGCUGGACAUCCUCAAGUUCCUCUUCAUCUACUGCCUGGUGCUGCUGGCCUUCGCCAACGGCCUCAACCAGCUCUACUUCUACUACGAGACCGACGAGGUCAGCGACUGCAAGGGCAUCCGCUGCGAGAAGCAGAACAACGCCUUCUCCACGUUGUUUGAGACCCUGCAGUCGCUGUUCUGGUCCAUUUUCGGCCUGAUCAGCCUGUACGUGACCAACGUCAAGGCCCACCACGAGUUCACGGAGUUCGUGGGCGCCACCAUGUUCGGCACCUACAACAUCAUCUCCCUGGUGGUGCUGCUCAACAUGCUCAUCGCCAUGAUGAACAACUCCUACCAACACAUAGCGGAUCACGCAGACAUCGAGUGGAAGUUCGCCCGGACCAAGCUCUGGAUGAGCUAUUUCGAGGAGGGGGGCACGCUCCCCUCCCCCUUCAACAUCGUGCCCAGCCCCAAAUCGGCCUGGUACCUGGUCCGGUGGAUAAAGGGGCACGUCUGCAAAGAGGCCAGCACGAAAAGGCCACAGUCCUUCGGAGUCCUCGGGAGACGGGCCGCCGAGAACCUUCGAAUAAAUCACCAGUAUCAGGAGGUGCUGAGAAAUUUGGUCAAGAGGUACGUGGCUGCAAUGAUCCGGGACGCAAAGACAGAAGAGGGGCUGACCGAGGAGAACUUCAAGGAACUGAAGCAGGACAUCUCCAGCUUCCGCUACGAGGUCAUGGGGAUGAUGAGGGGGACGAAGCCCAGCCUGCAGGCGGGGAAGGCGAUCGCGGGAGCCUCGAGCCUGGCCUACCCCGACCGGCCGCUCAAGUACUCGCCGGCGCCCCCUGCCGAGCAGCCGAGCAAGGGCAAGCUGAACCUCUUCAGCGUCACCACCGCCCUGCUCCAGCAGAGCUCCGCCUCCUCCAAGCCUGAGGCCUUCAACGGGCUGGCCAACGGGUCGGCGGCGCUCCUGCCCGGCCCCCAGGCCCCGCCCCCCAGGGACAGGCCGCAGCUCCAGAGGAAGGACUUCCCCAAGGACAUCUCCGACUUCGGGCUCUUCCAGAAGCGGCGCAAGGGCGGCGCCGCCGCCGUCGCCGCCGCCGCCGUCGCCGGGGGCCCCAACCCCAACCGGAUCUACUCCGUGUCCGAGGAGGUGGGCGAGGCCGAGGCGGGGGAAGGGGAGGAGCCGGCGGGGCCGUCGGCCAAUCAGGAGGGGCAGGGGGUGGGGCAGACUGGGUGUCGGGAGGAAGAGGAGGGGAAUAAGGAGGAAGUAGAGAAAGACAGUCACCCACAGGAGGAAAUGGCCGAUGGGGAUGCUUGUACGUCCCCGUCAGGAGAAAAGUAGCUCCGUGGGUUUAGAACGAAAUAAAACGGACCGCAGUUUGAACACGAGAGACCGAUGGACACAGUGGGAAUACGCUCAUGGUCUUCAGAGGACUGUCCUUCUGACCGCGGUCAGCUGGCAUUUGAAUGGAUUAUUUUCCACAAGGCAUUCAUAAUUAAUACGUUUGAGUGGAUACGUUCCGUGAAGCAUUUGAAUGGAUACAUUCUGUGAAGCUUUAUGAAUGGACACAUUCCACGAAGGUGCUUGAAUGGAUACACCCUGUGAAGCACUGAAAUGGAAACAUUCCGGAAGGAAUUUGAAUGGAUAGAUUCUGUGAAGCAUUUGAAUGUAAACAUUCCGGAAAGGCAUUCGGAAUGGAUACAUUCUGUGAAGGAGUUUUUAACGGACACAUUCCGUGAAGCAUUGAAAUGUAAACAUUCCAGAUGGCAUUUGGAACGAAGGUGUCCCAAGAUCCUGGGGGGGGGGGGGAUACAUU